AUGAGAACAGUCGGCCCUUCUUUCCAUCACCAAGUGCGGAGAUCGUUCAACAAGUCAUUUGAUGAACGACUCCAAAGUGGAGGCGGCACUGAUGAGCAAACUCCGUUAAUAGGCAACGGUCAUUCUAAUGGCGUCGUCGAAUCCACCUGGCACGAAAUCCUUUCCGAUAUCACAAGAACUCCUGCAACAGACAGUCCAGAUCUUUUUAUUCGAUGGAUUGCUCAUGCUUGGCAUGUGGUGAAGGUGACUUUGAUUAGCGGUAAAGUCUACGCAUCCUGGGCAUGUGUGACUGAGGAUUGUCACUGCUAA